UCGGUCGUGUGCGCAUCGUGCGGCCACAGUCGCGUUCCUCAGCGUUCCGCCCAAGGAAGGCCCUUAUUCGGUUUCGUUCGUUGUCGGUCCUGCCCUGUGCAAAUGCAACCUCGACUGCAUAUUAACGGUCGCUAGAGAGAUGCGCAAUUGCAAACAAAAUAUAAUUAAUAAAGUGUUAUUUUAUUUGUGUACGGCGCACUGACCGACUGAUUUGACUAGCUGACUGACGUUUCCUCGAUUUCUCGCAUGUGACGAAGAAAGUUCUAUGUUGCGAUUGCAGCUCCGAAGCUCUUAUCGGUUUUUGCACCGCGCGUAAUCUAGCUCAUCCCGUAGUCGAAGGUCGAUCAUCUCAACGGGCUUACUACAGCUGUGACCUAGUUCAAGUUUAUAAUCUACAGUGUGAGCAAAGCCAUCACCGUCUGUCGGAUGCACCGUGCGUGGGAUUCGGAAUAGAAACUCUGCUCAAAGUGUUCUUCGAGAGAAAUCAACUUUCAAGUCCGUGGCACAAAUUGCGUGAAAAUUGUUCUUGAACUGAUUUGAUAAUAAUUGGAAUUGGAAGGAAGCGAAAGGGUUAAGUGUUAAACAGAGCAAUGUAUUUUUAGAAUUCGUCACCGUGACAUGCGGUGAAGGAUUUCCGUCGUUGUGUGUCCGAUCAAGUGAAAGUUCAACAUCCUUUGUUGCGCCGAAUUGAAUGCACCAAGAUGACUGAAGUUUACGAGCUGAGCAGCACCAAUAGUAGCCCGAGCAGCAGCAACAAUAGCUAUCACAAGGGCAAUCUACUGCUGCAGGAGGAUGAUGAGGUGGAGAAAUAUCCAGUUAAAAUAAUAAAUAUACAUCUGCCGGAACAGGAAGCCGUGAUGCCGAAGCGACUCAAAACGCUGUCGUUAGAACCGCUGAAAAUUCCCUGCGAACCGUUACGAUUCGAUCACAGCCCCAGCCUGGGAGGUGCUUCGACCGCAUCGUCACUCGCUGCGGCGAGACUUUUCAAACCGGUUACAAUUAGCUUUAAGGAUCUGUCGUAUUCAGUUCGAACCGGUAUCUUCCGAAAAGGCCGAGAUAUUCUGAAAAACAUCAACGGAGAAUUCCAUGCCGGUGAGCUGACCGCUAUUAUGGGCCCAUCGGGGGCCGGAAAGAGCACUUUGCUCGACAUCCUGGCCGGCUACACCGAGAGCGAAUUCACGGGUGAAAUUCUGGUCAACCGCCAGCAGCGGGACUUGAAACGAUUCCGGCGCCAGUCGGCCUACAUCAUGCAGGACCACAAUCUGCAGCCUCAUCUGACGGUACUGGAAGCGAUGCACUUUUCGGCCAAUCUCAAAAUUGGCGCCGAGCUGAGUCCGGCUAGUAAGAAAAUAAGGAUGAAUGAAAUCCUGUGCGCCAUCGGGCUGCAAGACCACAAGAAAACUCGCACGGCGAAGCUUUCGGGUGGACAGAAUAAACGGCUAGCGAUUGCGCUGGAGAUCGUCAACAAUCCGCCGGUGAUGUUCUUCGAUGAGCCCACCAGUGGGCUGGACAUUUCCACCUCUAAGAAGUGUGUCGAAUUACUGAAACAUUUGGCCCGGGAGGGUCGCACCAUCAUCUGCACCAUUCAUCAGCCGUCCGCCCUGCUGCUGAACAUGUUCGAUCAUUUGUUCACAAUGGCCGAGGGAGAGUGCAUCUUCACCGGAUCGACCGGAAACAUUGUGCCAUUUUUGAAGGAGCUGGACAUUAUCUGUCCCGAGCAUUAUAGUCCCUCCGAUUUCUUACUUGAGAUCGCCACCCACGAUUACGGACGGCAGACCGACAAAUUAGUCACCAAAACGGAGAACGGCAAAAGCAUAGCGUACCGUAGCCGCGAAUCGUUCACACCUUUUCUGCUGCCGAUUCUGGAGUCCCCGGUAUCGGUGGAUAUCCCAGCGCUUCCCUCGAAGGAAGACCCCCAGUCGGCGCUAACCAAGCCAAAGAAACUAGCGAAAAAGCUUUCGUUCAAUCCGGAAAAGUGGUGCGGUCGGGAUGAAAUCUACACGACCAGUUUCUGCCGGCAGUUUUACCUGCUGCUGCUGCGGACGUUUCUCAUACUGAGCCGUGAUCGAUCGCUGAUGACGAUGCGGUUCAUUAUCCACUGUACGAUCGCGCCGCUGAUCGGGAUGCUGUACUUUGGCAUCGGCAACCAGGCGGCGCACAUCUUCAACAACUUCAACUACGUGUUCUUCUCGAUCAUGUUUCUGAUGUUCACCGCGUUCAGUUCGAUGACGAUGGCGUUUCCGCUCGAGCUGCCCAUCAUCACCCGGGAGCACUUCAACCGCUGGUAUUCGUUACGGGCUUACUACAUAGCGAUGACGGUUGCCGACAUACCGAUUCAGCUUCUGUGCACCGUGACCUACAUCGUCAUCACGUACUACAUGACCGGCCAACCGCCGGAAGCCUUCCGGAUGGGUCUGUUCACCGUCAUCUGCUUGAUGGUGGCUUGGGUUGCCCAAGGAUUGGGCCUUUUAGUAGCGUCACUGUUUAACGUCAAGAACGGCGCCAUCUUCGGACCCUUCUUCAUCUGUCCGUUUUUGAUUUUCUCCGGCUUCUUCAUCCACCUGAACGACGCCCACCCGGUGAUGCACUGGCUGUUCCAUGUGUCCUUCCUGAAGUACGCCCUGCAGGGUGCCACCGUUGCCAUCUUCGGCUACGACCGGGACCGGCUAGAGUGCGACGAAAUCUACUGCCAUUUCGUGCUGCCAAAGAAGUUUCUCAAGGAAAUCGACAUGCUGAGUGCGGACUUCGUCGAGGCUGUGAUUGCGCUGGUUGUGAUAUUUUUGGUGCUCCGCAUCAGUGCGUUCUACGUGAUGCGUUAUCGGCUGAAGAACAAAGUGCGAUGAGAUGUGGUUUUUUUAAAGUAUUUGUUUAGUAAGAAUUUAUUUCCCCACGUGACGUUCGAUCAAAUGUAAAGCAUACAUUCCUUUCCCAUAAUACCCAGCGUUUUGUGGCGGACGAUAUUAGCUAGGAUGAAAACAAAUUAAAAUCAACGUGAUUUAAGUGGUGUAUCAAUAUGGAAUCCGAAUAAAAGUAUAUGUCGAAAUAAA